AAUGAGAUUGAGGUUAUGUUCGUGUGGUUUUGAUGUUUCGUACUGUAGUCGUUAGCAUGAAAUCGAAAGAAAAUUUCGUUUAGUAAAAUGUUUCGGAAAGUAAUUUUAGGUAUAUCUGGUGGGGUUGAUUCGGCUGUGGCAGGAUAUUUGCUAAAACAAAAAGGUUUUGAUGUUCGCGCUGUUUUUAUGAAAAAUUGGGAUCUGGUCAAUGAGACUGGGUUCUGUUCAGCUGAAAAAGAUUGGGAAGAUACACAAUACGUGUGUGAUAAAGUGCAAAUACCCAUUCAACGCAUCAACUUUGUCAAGCAGUAUUGGACCGAUGUUUUUGAAACCACAUUACAGCUGUACCAAAAUGGUCAAACUCCAAAUCCGGAUGUCUAUUGUAAUAAAUAUAUUAAAUUCGGCGCUUUUUAUCAAUAUGCAAAGGAAAAUCUGUCAGCUGAUGCAAUUGCCACCGGACAUUAUGCUCGAACAUCAUUCGGGAAUUUCUUGCAAGAUUUCGAUCCGAAUCAAAAUGUAAAACUACUUCAAGCCAUCGAUCGUCGAAAAGAUCAAACGUUCUUUCUAUCACAAAUUCCUCAAGACGCCCUACGAAACACUAUGUUUCCCAUUGGCAAUUAUCUAAAAUCGGAAGUGAAAAAAAUCGCAUACGAAAUUGGACUGGAAUCAAUCGCAAAGAAAGGUGAAAGCAUGGGCAUAUGUUUUGUUGGAAAGAGAAAAUUUAGCGAUUUUAUUUCAGACUAUGUGACAGAGAUCAGGGGUGAUUUUGUUAAUAUUGAAACGGGUCGAAUAGUUACACAACAUAAAGGCAUUCACAAUUAUACAAUAGGCCAGAAAAUCAACUACGGUGGACAAAAGGAAGCAUUAUUUACUGUUCACAAGAUGUCGGAUAAAAAAACAAUUCUGGUCGCACCUGGCCGAAACCAUCCAACAUUAUUAACAGACCUAUUUUAUACCGAACAACCACAUUGGAUUAAUCGAUCACCAUUCAAUGGAAACGUUGUCGUAAGAGCUUCGUUUAGAUUUCAACAUGGUCACAGACUUGAAGUAUGUGAUUUGGUAGAGAGAGAUGGGGGUCUUUUAGUCAAAUUAGAUAAUCCAGUGAGGGCCAUAUGCCCCGGCCAAUUUUCCGUAUUUUAUAGAGACAACGAAUGUCUUGGAUCGGCGAAAAUUCAUUCGACUGGACCACAUAUGAGGAAUGCUUUCAAUAUACAAAAUGAAAAAAGUGAUGAUGAAACCAUGGUUUCACUAGCGAAAAGAGUUAGACAACAAUAUAUGAAAGAGAAGGAAGAUCAUAUUAACGAAAGCGAAAGAUUAGCUGAAAAACUUAAAUGAAUUAUAAAUUUUUAGAAGUAUAAGCGACUGAGAACUGUACAAAA